UUUGAAUUUUAGAACUUUUCUGUGUUUUUCUGCUUCCUUCCGCUUUCAAAUGAUAAAUAUUCGAAUAUACAGAUAUUUGAAGCGUUCUACAAAAAAAGAUAACAUACAAAACUAUAUCGAAAAGUGUGCACUGGGAGAUUGGUUUGUGCUUUAUCAACUGAGUAAAAACUUUCACAGAACUUUUUUUGUGGACUUUGUUACAGAACUUAGCUUCCUGGACGAGGACACAGAAGAGGAGAAGGAUAUAGAUGAUGCUGUAUCUUUACUCAUCAGACCCAGCUACAGUGCACAAGUAUCAGAAGAUUCUCCAGAUGCAUCUAAGUGAACUCUGUUCUUCUAUUCCUCAGUAUUUUAGUUAAUAUAAUGUUAGUAUUGCUUCUAAUUAAUAAAUGUAGUUUUAUCGUUUUUAA